AUCACUCUAUCCAACCAAACCUUUUCAACAACAACCACAACAACAACACAGCUUUACCAAACUGAUUUCAAUUAACCGUCUUCGAUUCCCUCGGGGUUACUUGUCUCUUCUUUCUCCAAUAGCCAUCAGAGCUGUUACCCCAUUCACUCCGGAUUUAACUCCAUUCCGAGAUCAUCCAGUUUCAAAACCUUUCAAAAACCAAUUCAACACUUUCACUAAUACUAAAAUGGCACCAAUUCCAACCGAUGAAACUAAGCAGAAAUCACACAGUCAAGUCGUGAUCAUCGGUUCUGGUCCCGCGGGACAUACGGCUGCUAUUUAUUUAGCUCGUGCUAAUUUGGAACCAAUCAUGUUUGAAGGAAUGUUGGCUAAUGGCUUUGCUGCUGGUGGUCAACUUACCACUACUACUGAUGUUGAAAACUUUCCGGGAUUUCCAGAGGGUAUAAGAGGACCAGAGAUGAUGGAUUUAUUUAGAGCUCAAUCAGUUCGAUUUGGAACUCAGAUAUAUACAGAAACGAUUUCAAAGAUCGAUUUAUCAAAAAGACCAUUUAAUUAUUGGAGAGAAGGAUUAGAAGAUAAAGAUCCAGAAACGGCUGAUGCGAUUAUAAUUGCGACUGGUGCAUCUGCUCGUCGAUUAAAUUUACCUGGUGAAGAAACUUAUUGGCAAUCAGGUAUUUCAGCUUGUGCAGUUUGUGAUGGUGCAGUUCCAAUCUUUAGAAAUAAACCUUUGGCUGUCAUUGGUGGUGGUGAUAGUGCCUGUGAAGAGGCUACUUAUCUUACUAAAUAUGCUAGUCAUGUUUAUGUCUUGGUGAGGAAGGAUCGUCUUCGAGCUAGUAAAGUGAUGGCUAAACGAUUAAUCAAUCAUCCCAAGGUCACCGUACUCUGGAACACUGUUGCAAUUGAAGCUAAAGGUGAUGGCGACCUCCUGCAGUCUUUGGAGAUUCAAGACCUAAAGACAUCGAAACAAUCCAACCUACCAGUCAACGGUCUCUUCUAUGCAAUAGGACAUGAACCUGCCACAGCUUUAGUACGAGGUCAAUUGGACACAGAUGAGGAUGGUUAUAUCGUCACCAAACCUGGUACAUCAGAAACCAGUGUGAAGGGUGUCUUCGCUGCAGGUGAUGUACAAGAUAAGAAAUACAGACAAGCGAUCACAAGUGCUGGAACGGGUUGUAUUGCUGCACUUGAAUGUGAGAGAUACUUGGCAGAAGAAGAAGCAUUAGAUAGAGAUGGUGAAUUGGUGACACCUACACCAGGAUACCUUGGAACGGAUGAUCCAAAGGCGUAAGAUAGUUCGAGUUCUAAUAUCAUUCUGGUCCAAUGGACAGUUUAAGAGUAUCAUUGUCCUUUUCAUUCGUGUCAAAAUCAUUUCUUGUCAUUUAACGUACUUCAAAGAGCAUACUAGCCUCAUAGUUGGUUGUAGUAGCUAUAGAUCUUCAUUUGUUUUUGUCUGUGAAAGGAUAAUUGUAUACGAUUUCUUGGUGACGCU